GUUGCCGGUCAGCGCUCCGGUUGGCAGGAAGUGAGGGCUUAAAAUCCAUUCCUACAAUCAGUAGUGAUUCAUUGCUGGCAGGAAGACGAGGAUUAUUUUUCUUCUCUUCUUCAUCAUCAAAAUGAUUCAUAGUGGAACAUGCUUAGUGUUAUCUGCUAUUUUGUCUUUGAGCUUGGGUGCUAGUGUCCGAUCAUUUCCUAACUAUGAUUAUGGGGGCAAAUCCCAUGAGCAAUUCUUAACGGAUGCCAUCGAGAGAAGCUCUCCGGGCAACGCAAGACUUUUGGCAGAGCUCUUCGGCGGUUUGGAUUUGGGCAUUUCUUUUGGUGAUUCAGAUGCUCAAGCUGUCAUUUCGGUGGGCGGAGCGGCUACCCGAUGUCAACAUCAGUCCCCUUGUUACGAUACCAAGUGCAAGUUAUGCUACGAUCCUUUGUUGAGGAUUCAUGGCCGUUGCGGAGGUGCUAGUUAUUUCACGUGUCGAGGAACGUUGCCCAAAGCUUGUCUUCCCUACUCUUGUACUGCUCGGACUGCUCGAUCCAAUUUGGACCCACUGAACUCCCCAGAGAAGACGGCCGUCUUUGUCAAGAAAUUCCCAAGAUAUCAGGAUCCAUUUUGUCUUGGCAAAGUGGAGAAGGCUCGAAGUCUGAGUGGUGAUGACUUUAGAAAAUUGAAUGCUACCAUCGCUUCUGGGAACCAUUUGCCUCAUCCUCGGGAUUCCGAUGAAGAUGGCCCCGAUCCCUCUUGGGUGAUGCCAGUUCCGGAUGCCAUCACGCCGUGUCAGGGAUUUGAUGUGUGCUUGGAUUUACGGUGCGGAUCCAGUUAUGAUCCUUAUUUGGGUGCUCAUGUGACUGGCGGCAAAAUGACUUAUUAUGACUGUGAGGUUAGUUUGCCGGACGAGUGUCGACCCUUAAGAUGCACGGAGACAAAUGUCAAGGAGCUUUUCUACCCUGAGUUGAUCGGCAAAGCUGACCUUCCUAAAAUGGUUACAGAGCCAGAUGAUGACUCGCCAUUAAUGGUUCGAAACUUCCCGCCUCUAAACGACGGGCAGAGGAACUGUGUCUGAGAUUGCACUGAAGAUGAUUAUGUCGGCAUUAUAAAAUUUCUUUGAUUGUCCUACUAGCUAUUAAUAAAUCUAACGACUCAUCAAUGCUUUUACGAUUCUAAACUGAAAAAAGAAAGGUGCAAACUUUUACUUGUGAAGUAACCACUUUGAUUACAGAGCAAGGAUUAUCAUCGCUUGGAAUUUUUGAGGGACAUUGUCACUCUUAAGUAUCUUGGUGCUUGCGUUUUAUCUUUCAAAGAUAACCGUGUUUAUGGCC